GAAAGGAUGAAUGAAUGAAUUGAUAGGAAGGCUGGGCAGGCCCCUGGGCGCUCAGCUGGGAGGGAUGAGCAGAUGGAAAGACCCUAGACGCGAAAGUUCGUUCUUGGAGAGGGAGGGAGGCAUAGGGUGUCGGGCGCAGGGCGGGCGUGCUGGGCCGGGCCGGGAGGUCUGGCUCCUCUCCUCAGGUGGCUCCUGCGGGCUCUGCAUCCCGGGCCCAUCCCGGUGCUGACGACACAGGAAGUGUCGCGAGCGGAAACCGCGGCUGGACCGGAGCGGCUGGGAGGGGGAGAAGAGGGCAGGGCAUCGGCGGUCGCGGGAGAGCAGGGACGCACGGACCGAGACAGACUCCUUCCCAGAUGCCUGCACGUUUCCUGGAGGGUUACAUAAGUGUUUGGAGCCGAUUCUUGUGAGAAGUCCUUCGUCUUCAGCUAGGAAAAAAGAUGUGGAAAGCCUCAGCCGGACAUUCUGUAUCGGUCAGCAAGGAUGAUGAGGCCACUGAUGACUGGGAGACCGACCCAGAUUUUGUGAAUGACGUCAGUGAGAAGGAGCAAAGAUGGGGUGCCAAGACGGUGAAGGGAUCCGGGCACCAGGAGCACAUCAACAUACACAAGCUGAGAGAGAAUGUUUUCCAAGAACAUCAGACCCUCAAGGAGAAGGAGCUUGAGACAGGACCCAAAGCAUCCCACGGCUAUGGAGGAAAAUUUGGUGUCGAGCAGGACAGAAUGGAUAAAUCUGCCGUUGGCCAUGAAUAUCAGUCUAAACUUUCCAAACAUUGUUCUCAAGUUGACUCCGUGAGAGGCUUUGGUGGCAAAUUUGGGGUCCAGAUGGAUAGAGUGGAUCAGUCGGCUGUGGGUUUCGAAUACCAAGGCAAAACCGAGAAACACGCUUCACAGAAAGAUUAUUCUAGUGGUUUCGGUGGUAAAUACGGUGUGCAGGCUGACCGGGUGGACAAGAGCGCAGUGGGCUUUGAUUACCAGGGUAAAACCGAGAAGCAUGAGUCCCAGAAAGAUUAUUCCCGAGGUUUUGGUGGUAAAUAUGGUGUCGAUAAGGACAAUGUGGACAAAAGCGCUGUUGGCUUCGAAUACCAGGGCAAAACGGAAAAGCAUGAGUCUCAGAAAGACUAUGUGAAAGGGUUUGGAGGCAAGUUUGGUGUGCAGAGAGACAGACAAGACAAGUGUGCCUUGGGCUGGGACCACCAGGAGAAAGUUCAACUCCACGAAUCCCAAAAAGAUUAUAAGAGUGGUUUCGGAGGCAAAUUCGGGGUCCAGACCGAGAGGCAGGACCCGUCUGCUGUGGGGUUUGAGUACAAGGAGAACCUGGCACAGCAUGAAUCUCAGCAAGAUUAUUCCAAAGGAUUUGGUGGAAAAUAUGGGGUUCAGAAGGAUAGGAUGGACAAAAAUGCCUCAACCUUCGAAGAAGUUUCCAAGGUUUCAUCGACUUACCAGAAGACGCUGCCGGUUGAAGCUGUAAACAGCAAAACGAGCAACAUCCGAGCUAACUUUGAGAAUCUGGCCAAAGAGAGGGAACAAGAAGAUCGGAGGAAGGCAGAGGUGGAGAGGGCCCAGAGAAUGGCCCAGGAGAAGCAGGAGCAGGAGGAGGCCCGCAGGAAGCUGGAGGAACAAGCCAGAACCAAGAAGCAAACUCCAUCUCCUCCUCCCAGUCCACAGCAGCCGGUCGAGGAGCGGCCACCCACCAGCCCUGUCUAUGAGGAUGCUGCAUCUUAUGAGGCUGAGCAUAGGGGCCGUGGCACAAUGUAUUCUGGGCUGGAGCAAGAGUCCGAGUACACAGCCGUGCAUUCCGACUAUCAGGAGACUGUGAGACAGCAGGAGCCCGAAGCUGUCUAUGAGACUGCAGAGUCCAUGGCUCCUAAUCAAGAAGAGGAAAAUACCUAUGAUGAAUAUGAAAAUGACCUUGGGAUCACAGCCACAGCCCUCUAUGAUUAUCAGGCUGCUGGUGAUGAUGAAAUUUCCUUUGACCCGGAUGACAUCAUCACCAACAUUGAAAUGAUUGAUGAUGGCUGGUGGAGAGGCGUGUGUAAAGGCCGAUACGGGCUCUUCCCCGCCAACUAUGUGGAGCUGAGACAGUAGCGAAGAUGGUUUCUCAUUGAUGCCUUAAUGCCGUAGUCUGCAAACCUGAUUUCUACACUACAGAGUCAUGCUUCGGGGAGGACGGAAAGGGGAAGACACAUAUUGCUUUUCUAUUUAACACUUUCGCUGAUGCUCUUAAGAAUGUUUAAUCCUCAGAAUCUGCUAAUAUAUUGUAAUCAUGUUUCCUUGGAGGACUUGGGUCAUGGUGUUGAAGCAUUUAAGGCCUUUUCUUUUUUUUGCCAAAUCAAAUGGUUGUUACAAGAAGCCAUGCCAAGGAUCUUUUGUCCUCAUGCAGCCGACUGGGCAUGAGG